GCCAAGGGUGGCACCACCCACCCGGAUGCCUGGGUCCACUUUGGAAGUGGGUGGCAGCGGUGGAGAGCCCGGACGUCUGGGUCCCCUCUGGAGCAAGGGUUGGCCUCCAACCAUGUUCAUCCUCGCCAUCUACAUCCUGACCUUCACCGUGGGCUUCCCGGCCAACAUCUUCACCUUCGCCACCCUCUUGGGCAAAGCCCGUCGGCGCGUCUCCUCCUCCGACAUCCUCCUCCUCAACCUGACGGCUGCCGACCUCCUCCUCCUCCUCUUCCUCCCCUUCAAGAUGGUCGAAGCAGCCGCCGGCAUGUCCUGGCCGUUACCGGUUGUCCUCUGCCCGGUGGCCAAUUUCUGCUUCUUCUCCAGCAUCUACCUCAGCAGCCUCUUCUUGGCGGCCCUCAGCGUCGAGCGGUAUCUUGGCGUCGUCUUCCCCCUCCACUACAAAGACCGGAGAAGACCGGGGCGGGCGAUGGCCGCCAGCGUUGUCCUCUGGCUCUUGGCCUGUUCCCAUUGCUCCAUCGUCUUCGUGUCCCAGUAUCACGGCGGUAGGAACCAGACGGUGAACAACAGGUCCGUGGCCAACAGCUCUGAUGGCUCCACGGUCAACGGGUUCAAGCUCGGGGGCUCCAAGAUGCCCAACCUUGAGGGGUUUGACCCCAACGACUUGAUCAUCACCAGCCCUGAUGGUUUAAACUCCAACGGCUUCAGCGUCUCCAACCCUGGAUACUCCAUCAACGACGGCUUCAACCACACCCGCUCUAAGAUCUCCACCGCCGAUGGCUUCAACCCCGGCGUCUUCAAGGUCUCCACUCCGAAUGACUCCAUCACUGAUGGCUUCGACUCCCGAGGCUCUGGGAUCCUCAUCCGCGACGUCAUCAAUCCCAAAGCCUUCAAGAUCUCCAACCCCAAUGACUCAAAACACAAUGGCUUCGUCCCCCGUGACUCCAAGACGACCAACGGCGCCAUCUCCGCCCAUGGCGGCUCCAGGAUCUCCUCCAAUCCCAGCAGCCCCAAGACCUCCAACCGCCACAUCCCCGCCCACAAAAUCUCCGCCCUCCACGGCGCCAACAUCCGGGACGUCUCCGGCCCCACCGUCGUCCCCCGGACCUCCAACACCCCCAGUUCAUCUGCUCCCAGCACCCAAGGUAGCUCCUCCGACAUCUACAGGUGCUACGAUGACUUCUCUAGCGAACAGCUGAGCUUCGUCCUCCCGCUACGCCUGGAGCUCUUCCUCAUCCUCUUCCUCCUACCCUUCGCCGUCACCAUCUUCUGCUACACCAACUUCGUGCGGGCCCUCCUCGCCCGCCCGAACAUCCCCUUGGAGAAGAAACAACGGGCCGUGGGCUUGGCCGUGGCCACCAUGAUCAACUUUGGGGUUUGCUUCGCUCCCUACAACAUCUCGCACGUGGUGGGUUUCGUGAAGAAGCAGAGCCCCGAUUGGAGGGUCUACGUUUUGCUUCUCACCAGCCUCAACGCGGCUCUUGACCCCGUCAUCUUCUACUUCUCGUCCACGGCGGUGCAGAGGGCCAUGGCUGGGGUGGUGGUGGCCGUGCGGGAGAAGCUACGGGUCGUGGUGGGCUCGUGUUAUGGGGCGUGGCCUCCCACGACCUCCCGGGACGAGUCCGAGGGUUCGUUGACAUGAAGCUUCUGGGGUGGGGUGGGUGAAGGACGUCACCG